CUUGAGCCCACCAGAACCUACACACACACACGAGAUACCCCCACACAACCGCAAAUAUGGUGCUCGCAAAAUCCAAGAAGAGCGUCGGGCUGGGCAACAGCCUGAUGAACGACAGGUUCGGCAAGGGCAAGGGCGCCGACAUGCGCAAGGGCAACUUCAACGCUGGCAUCGAGCGGACGGGGCAGAACGGCGAGAAGGUGAGUCUGCGCCCUUACAUUUACCGACAGAGCCUGGACUAACAUUGGACAGUACAUCAUCAACGAGAAGAAGGAGGCGUCAUGGGUCAAGAUGCGCUCCGUCACCGAGCAGGGCGCCCUCGACGAAUUCCUGUCGACGGCUGAACUCGCCGGCACCGACUUCACCGCCGAGAAGAUGAACAACGUCAAGAUCAUCCACAAGGACCAGAAGAACCCAUACCUGCUGUCCGCCGCAGACGAGCGCAGCAUCAUGCGCAAACACAGGGAGAACAGGGACCGGCUGAGCGUCCCCAGACGUCCCAAGUGGGACGAGAAGACGACACCACAGGAACUGGAUACCCACGAGAAGGAGGCUCUCUUGCAGUGGCGGAGAGGCCUGGCUGAGCUGCAGGAGAACAACGACUUGCUGAUGACGCCCUUCGAGCGCAACCUCGAAGUGUGGAGGCAGCUGUGGCGAGUGAUCGAGCGAUCAGACUUGGUCGUGCAGAUUGUCGACGCCCGAAACCCGCUUCUCUUCCGGUCCGAGGAUUUGGAGGUCUACGUCAAAGAGGUGGACCCCAAGAAGAACAACCUGUUGCUGGUCAACAAGGCAGAUAUGAUGACACUGGACCAGCGACGCGCAUGGGCCGACUACUUCACCGAGGCGGGCAUCAACUACAAGUUCUUCUCUGCUGAGCUGGCCAAGGAGUUGAACGAGGCUAGGGCGCAUGAGGAGGAUAGUGAGGAGGACAGUGAGGGUGGCAGCGAGGAAGAGGAGGAAGACGAGGACGAAUCUCCGAGUGAGGACGAUGUAGAGGAGAACAGUGAUUCAGAGGAUGACGACCUAGUAAAGAAGGCAAAGAAGAUCAACAUCCAGGACAAGAAACAAGAGUCGGCCAACGACGAGGGCGCGCCACUAUCGGAGGAGGAGGAACGGAUACGGAUAUUGACCACAGAAGACCUCGAGGCGCUGUUCCUCGAGAACUCACCCGAUGUAGAUACAGGACCGAACGGCGUACGUCGCAAGACCCAAAUCGGUCUCGUUGGUUACCCCAACGUCGGAAAGUCUUCCACCAUCAACGCUCUGAUCGGCGCAAAGAAAGUGUCCGUCUCGGCGACACCAGGAAAGACGAAGCAUUUCCAGACGGUCCAUCUCAGCGAGGAGGUCGUACUUUGCGAUUGCCCCGGUCUCGUGUUCCCCAACUUCGCAUUCACAAAAGCCGAACUCGUAUGCUGCGGUGUCCUCCCCAUCGACCAACUGCGAGAAUACACCGGGCCCGCUGGUCUUGUAGCACAGCGCAUACCGCAGCCCUUCCUCGAAGCCAUCUACGGCAUGAAGAUGGAGAUCCGACCCCAAGAGGAAGGCGGAACCGGCAUCCCCACGUCUGAAGAAAUGCUCCGCGCCUACGCCAUUGCCCGCGGCUUCUCCACCCAAGGUCUCGGCCAGCCCGACGAGUCUCGAGCAGCGAGGUACAUCUUGAAAGACUACGUCAAGGGCAAACUCCUCUUCGUCCACCCCCCGCCCGUCGACCAGCCCAUCAACCCCAAGCAGUUCAACCGCGAACUCUACGACGUCACCCACCUCCCCGAGAGGCGCCGCGCCCAAUUCGCCCUCCGCGCUGGCUUCUCCUCCUCCGCCGCCGACGCACACGACGACACAGCCAACGUCGACGACGACGACCUCGACAUACUCGCCCUCUCCGGCGCGCCCGUCACCGGCCAAAAGACUGCCCGCAUGGACAAGAAGUUCUUCGGCCCCGGCCAGGGCAACGCAGUCACCAGCAUGCCCUUCCACCACAAGUACAGCGAGCAGGGCAAGGAGCUGAGCGGCAGGAAACUUAAAACUAUCACCGCCCUUGAGAGGGAUGUGGAUCCUAGUGAGAUUCGCACCAGUAGCAAGAAGCACUUCAAGGCGAAUAAGAAGAGGGCGAAGAAGGUCAAGACGGAGUAUGAUUGAGCGAGUUGACUUGAGUGUGGGAUGGAUGGGCUUUUUUUUCCCAAACAAGGUUAUGACAUGGCUUGCAUGAUUGGCGUUUUUGCGGGGUUUCGUUAUGGGGGUUGUGGGGAGGGAUAGAGGGAAUACCACUUCGUACUACAUCGUACCGUUAUACCUGUAUUCUGCUGGAAAGGCCAUGUCUUUGUGUCAACUUCGUGCCUUGAGUCUCUCGAGGAAUACGCCUUCGCCUCUAACUCAAGAUGGUGAUGAUGAGAGGGGGAUAGAAUCUCUACUCAACUACACCACGAUUAGCAGCAGUCACAUAAACAAACGAACAAAACAACCCCCAAAACAAACCCCAUCAUAAAAUGCAAUAAAUAUAUACAAACCCCCUA